AUGCAGCUAGUACGGCCAGCUGGUCGCACUUUGAUGAGACCAUUGGUGUCGCGACUGCCCUCCCUUUAUAGCUUCCAAGCUCAACAAUGUUGGCUUCAUUAUGAUGGAAGAAACCGGGUAUCAAACUUUUGGAUCCCAACCGGUGGUAUUUCCAAGAAACCCGUUGAUGGAGAGAAAGAGGAUGCGAAUGAUCUCUUGAUUCGAGGCGGAUUUCUUCGGCAGGCAUAUUCAGGAGUAUUCCAUCUACUUCCGCUUGGACUGCGAGUUCAGGACAAGCUAGAGCGUUUAAUUGACAAGCACAUGCGCACAUUGGGUGCCUCUAAGGUGUCACUCUCGUCGAUAUCCUCUCAGGAGCUAUGGGAGCAAUCAGGUCGAUUGACGGCACAGGGCUCAGAGGUGUUUCGGUUCAAUGAUCGAAAGGAUGCGCGCUUUCUGUUAGCACCUACACACGAGGAAGAGAUUACGACACUUGUCGGGGGUCUCACUACCUCAUAUAAGAGUCUUCCGUUGCGUGUCUAUCAAAUAUCACGAAAAUACCGAGAUGAAGCCAGACCAAGGCAGGGUCUUCUCCGUGGGCGAGAAUUCAUCAUGAAAGAUCUUUAUACAUUCGACUACAGUGCUAAGGAAGCACUCAAAACAUACUUAUCCGUCAAGCACGCCUACACCCAGCUUUUCGAUGAGCUGAAAAUCCCCUAUUUGGUCGCAGCAGCAGAUUCUGGUAACAUGGGUGGCAGUUUAAGUCAUGAGUUCCACUUUGUCAGCUCAAAAGGCGAAGACUAUGUGGUGAGCUGCUCCAACUGCGACCACGUAUAUAACGAAGAGCUUGCAGACGGAAAAGCCCACAGCUCUGACGAAGCUUCAGAUAGAACCGCAGAUCAAUUCCAGACCAAGGACUCAGAUGCUGAAGCUGGUUCAACAAUUUCCAAUGGUAUGUGGACGGCUAUCUCGCAUGAUGGCAGCACUCUCCUGCGGGUCUGGUACCCUAAAUACUCCAUGCAGGGCGAUUCUACAGAGCCGGUGGAGCGUCUCGUGAAUUCACAUGCUGUCAAAGCGAUUACCAGUGCUGCAGGUGUUGAUCUUGACCUAAGUGUAGAGAACCCACAGGAUAAAUGGACGACCUACGUUAAAGGCCAUACAACUUCUACUCCAAAGCCUCGUGUGUUGGACCUGUACGACUCGCGAGUGCGAGUCUACCAACGUCCGCCACUGAGCGAUCUUCUCCAGGAAGUUGGAUGCAGCGCUAAUGACAUCGAUUACUCAAUGUUGGAUCGGUUCCCGGGCACAGAGAACAAGCUUAGUCUUGUCCGUGUUCACAGUGGAGACCAGUGCUUUAAGUGCUCAGUUGGACAUUUGGAGAGCAAUCCCACUGUUGAGCUCGGACAUACCUUUCACCUGGGCACACGGUACAGCAAAGUGCUUAAUGCCUCUGUUUCGGUCAACCCAGCUGUGCUUGAGGAGUCCGAGUUCAGUGCCAGCAAGCCUGGCAAAGAGGUUAUUGUGCCAAUACAAAUGGGUUGCCACGGGAUUGGUGUCUCUCGCAUGAUCUCUGCGGUGGCUAACAAUAUGAUUGACUCAAAGGGACUCAACUGGCCCCGUGCAAUGGCUCCGUACGAGGUCGCUGUCGUCCCCGCAAAGGGGAUGGAUUCCGUGGCCGAACAGGUAUAUGACACUCUUACUUCUACUGCCAAGCCCGUUGAUGUCCUCCUCGAUGACCGAGAUAAGGGCAUGGGCUGGAAGCUGAGUGAUGCAGAUCUCAUUGGAUACCCAGUCAUUGUGGUUGUGGGCAAUGGGUGGAAGAAGAGCCAGACGCUGGAAGUGCAGUGUCGGCAGCUGAACGUGAAGGACGACAUAACAGUGCGUGACAAUAAAUCAAGUAUCUCGUUGUAUGUGCGGGCUAGUCUAUCCGCACAAUUUCCACGCACGCGCCAGUUUCUCAGUUCCCCCACCUCUCCGCCCGCAUUACGACCAGCGCGCGACGACUCACCUUUUUGUCAAGGUGGCCAGUACUCUCAAUCAAAAACACACAAUGGCUCCGCAACCACAAUCAGGCUCCGAUGGAGCUCCUCCGGGCUCAAGUAUGUCUCCUUGCCAGAAAACACCCCGCAGUCUCGUGGUUGUUACCAGCUUGCCAGCGCACCCCAAAUUCAAGCUGGGCCAGCAAACAAUGCUAACUCAAUCGUUUCCUUCCCUGAAGUCAAUCUAGCCAGUCUCUCCCUCCCCCAGCUCCGCUCUCUCCAAACCCGCCUCACCUCCGAGUUGGAACAUCUGACCACUUCACACACCAAGCUGCGCGGCGCGCUGAACAAGUUCCGCGAUUGCGUGCGCACGAUCAAUGACGGUGUUGUUGGCUCUGAGAAGAAGGGUACCGCUGGCCAAGAUGAGAUCCUCGUCCCUCUGACUAGCUCUUUGUAUGUCAAAGGUCGGCUUGCGGAUCGCGAAAAGGUCCUUGUGGAUGUCGGAACUGGAUUCUAUGUUGAAAAGACACCGGCAAAGGCAGCCGAGUUUUAUGAGGAUAAGGCCAAGGGCUUGGAGUCUAACUUGCAGGAAGUGGAAAAAAUCGUACAGGGCAAAAGUUCACAACUGCGGGUCACUGAAGAAGUGCUUAGACAGAAGAUGCUUAGCGGCGAAGCUGUACCGUCUGAGUCGGCGGCUGCCAGUGCAAGCUAA